AUGUCUGGAGCYGAUGAUUUCUCGCUGGCAGAUGCUUUGCCCGACCAGUCACCUGCUAAAACCUCCAAAGUGAGCAGUACGAAGCCCGGCCAGCAGCCUGGCCAGCCGCCCCAGGGCUGGCCUGCUUCAAAUCCUUGGAAUAACCCGAGCGCUCCUCCUCCCGGGCCCUCUGGACUGCCCCCCAGCACCUCCGCUUCCAGCGUGCCCUUCGGGCCGCCGCCGACAGGAAUGUAUCCUUCAAUGCCCCCCGGACCGCCUGCUCCAUUUCCUCCUCCUCCUACUGGACCCUCCUGCCCUCCUCCUGGUGCUCCAUAUCCGCCCCCAGCCGUGCCGGGCCCUGUCCCGCCGGGGCAGUAUCCGCCGCCAAACAUGCCCUUUCCAGAGCUUCCGCGACCUUACGGUGCUCCGACGGAGCCAGCUGCGCCUCCRGCUCCCGUCGGGCCGUGGGGAUCCAUGCCCUCCGGAGCGUGGGGACCAACCAUGGGAGGGCAGUAUCCGGCGCCCAGCAUGCCAUAUCCACCCCCAGGGCCAUAUUCCACUCCCACCCAGACUCCAGGGGCCGCGCCGACAGUGCCGUGGGGCACAGUCCCACCUGGAACGUGGGGACCUUCGCCACCGGGUCCGUUUCCUCCGCCCACAGGAUCAUACCCAGCUCCGGGACUAUAUCCUACGCCCCCUAAUCCUUUUCAAGUGCCAUCUGGUCCUGCUGGUGCUCCGUCAAUGCCUGGUGGUCCCCAUCCUUACCGUUGAAUACAUUCUGGGCAACAAAGUACUGUAGCUUUCCACCUUCAUCCACUACUUAGAGAUUUUUACAAUUUUUGUUUCAGUAAUGUUUGGGGCUGUGAAGAACACUUGCCUCUUGUAUGUGCAUUUAAGGUAUGAAGGAGCAAUUUGCAUAACUUUAACUUGCUCAUAUGCUGGCAUAAUUGUUUGUUUAGUAAAGUGAAUUAUGAAGAGCAGAAAUACAACUGAAACCAGUGAUUCUUACGUUGGCAAGUAUUCCCCUUUGAAAAAAAAUGGGAAUUGCCAAGUAAGGAUUGUUUAAAAAAGAAAAGAAAAUYGGGCCCAAGGACAUACAAAUCAUUAAUGCUUAAACUGCCAUGAAUGCUUUACGUUUUGUUGCCAGACUUGUGCUGGUCACUGGGUGGAUGGAUAGUCAUAUUUUGUCUAUUUUCAGGUUAUUCGAAAAUGUCAAUAAAAAGUGUAUUUCAAGAUUCUUGUCAAGAAAUGUAAUUUUUUGACCAUGCUACAGUAAUUCAAACUAAAGAGACGGAACAUGCAAACUUGAAGGUUUUCUCAGCAUUUUUGUACAUACGYAAACCAAUUGCUCAGUCUGGGACUACAGCAGAGAAGAUGCGCAGUGAAAUACUUGGUCUGACCUGUCUGCACCCCGUUUGCAUUCACAAACAGGCGUUUAUGUGCAAAUAAAAUACCUGGAUGUGCAGUUAACUUUGAAUCAACAAAUGUGAGUUUUAUGCAUGCAAAUGAGGGCCUCAUUUUGCGAGUUCUCAUUCCGUGGUGGUUGGAAGUUUGCCUUGGUCUGUGUAARGAAAAACUGAUUCCCACGUAAGGAAGGUACUUCCCUAUUUCUAACCUGGAUUCUAGUCAGUGAAAAUCGGACUUUGCUGCUGGGUGGGGUAAACUCGGCAAGCUCGCAGAGUCCCUGGAAACUGAACUUGAGCUUCAAAGAGCUUUUUAGGAAAAAAAAAAGCAAAAGAAAAUUAAGUCUGUGGGUUCCCUUCCCCGCAGACUUUGGGACUUGCCUUUAGUCCUGUGGGCUGCAAAGCUGCUUUGGCUCCGCAGUGGGGAAGGAGCCGGGCUCCGUGGGGCUCCGCUGGAUGUGGUCGCGUGGACAAGCGACAGUCGGCGCCGUGUCGCACACCCGGCAGGCUGGGUCAGUGCCACGGCGGGUCGGCCCCUCUUCUCCAGGGCCACCGUUUCCCUGUUGUUGCCACAUCUGUGCCAAGAGCGCGUCAGGGGGUUGUUGCAAUGCGGGCUUUGCCUCUCCGGGACAUGCGGAGGUCUCUGCGGGACGUUGGAGCAUGGGCUUCGACCGUGCAGAGUUUAUUUUAUCCUCAGCUGAGGAUGGCCUUGUAGGUAGAGUGAGCAACUUCACUGAGCGUGGUAGCUCCCCGGGGAAUCCUCGUAUCACGAACUGUGAAAAGGGAGUUAAUUCUCUUCCUACAUCUUAUCACGGCUGCCCCCGUGCGUAGUAGGGGCUUCCUAAAACAAGAGGGGUGACCUGCUGGCGAUGCUUGUCUUGGCCUUUGGGGCAAAGUCCUGCAAUAUAUAUAUUCUCUUGCAGCAGAAAGUUUUAAUCUGUUCUUAAACAUUARAACAUCUGGCCGUUUUAACCUGUUGUCAUGAAAACUGAUAGUAAAAAGGCACUUUUUGUGUUAGGAAGGCAAGAGCAGAGCUGAACAAAGAAAAUUUAGCACCUCAGCUUAAAUCCUGAUGUUUGUGCCCCUAGAAAUCAGAACCUGGUAAACACGAAGUCUUCAUGAACCUCGAGCAAGGUCCCCUCCUCCCAGACCACAGGCUCGGCUUAGAUCUUGGCAAGACUGAUAAUAACAAACGUGAUAGACACCGGCCACAUCUGCUCAAGUGCUUCUUUGGUUUUUUGAUACCUGCAGCCUUAGKAGAGAAGUCAGUGUGAUGGAAAAACGUAUUUCAAAGGAACGGAUCAUGUAGUCGCAGAGUUCCAGUCUGAAAUUGCACUGGUCGUCGUCUUUGCAGGGAAUGGRAAGAGGUAGAAGAGGGUAGGGUGGACACAGCAAAAAAAUGAAUUUUGGAAAGGGGAUUUGUAACUAGACUUCUAGGUUCUUCCUGAAAUAGGCGGGAUUUAUUACUGGAACGGUUAGGCUAAAAUUCAAUAUAUAUGGGAUGUUUUUUCAAUGUAUAUUCGUAUCUCUUGAGGUCAUGAGAACUGUUUCAUAACCCCUUCGUUUUUGUGAGCCAAGUUCUUUGCCUAGCAGUGAAAAGGGUAUUCCUGUUAAUCUAUUGUGUAAAACCUCCAGUUGUCACUAUAUGCCGUGUAGUAACUUUAUCACAUGUUAUGUCAAGUGUGAGCAGCUCCUGGCCUGAAGCUUUCGCGAUGGAAUCUGUACAUUUCUAUGCAUCCUUUGAGUUAAACUGCUGAGAAGUCUGUUUUGACUUGUGCUUUGAGAUUGACAUACCGCGUUUGUUUACAAUAUGAGAUAUAAGCAAUCACAUCUUUAAAGUAUAGAUUAUCACCUGCUGCUGUAUUUUC